UACGUUACUUCCACAUAUUAUUUACAGAGGUCAAGGCGAGAAAGGGAAAAGGAUUUCGGGGAGUUCACAGCUGAUCUCGUUUCCAGCUGAGGAACGUCAGUUGACUAGUUUCGUGCCACGUCUCCUCGACGCGCCUUUUCUCAAAUUUGUGGUUCACCUGAACCAUCUUGACACCCUCGUCUGGCUUUAUAGAGUUCCAGGGCUCGUUCUUGGUCCAUUGGACUGAGAUGGAGGGAUAGGCAAGUCGAUCGGAUAAGCAAAGAGUCCACGUACUGCUUGGACCCAUUGCUGAGCGGUAGGCGAAGAAUGAGGCGAAAGACACGAUUCCUCCGACGAGCAUCACGCUACGUGAGAGUCAGUCCAUAUUGCCUCAGAAUCGAAGCAAGGAACGAACAUGGGGAGGGCCUGUGUGUGUCACAUCAGCGCCCAGCACCUACGGAAGAAGCCUAAACAUACCUCGACAGCGAGCCAGGGCUUGAUGUUCGACCUGAGAGUGGUAGGCAUGUUGUUUGGAGAGGCUGAUAGAACUUGCGGUGUGUGAAUGUCGAGACAGAGGGCUUGUGCUCAUUUAUAGAGGCGGGAGACAGCGCCACCAGGCGGGACAGACCGGAGCACAGAGACUGUCCAGAUCAUGUUCUGGAAUUGAAAGUAAUUGAAAGGACGGUCGACUCCAGGCUAGACGAGGUGGGCAUGUCCUCCUCGCACCCAAUUGACAGGUCUGGACCAUCCACUGGCAGAUCGUUCGCGGCCGUCCAGAGACCCUCGCGUGAUGGGACGAGAUUAUUGAAGCAGAACACUGGACUAACCGCCACAGCACACAGCACGGCGAUUGUCGUUGGUCAACGUGUACUAGAUUCAGAAGCCUUCGCAGAUGAAAGUAGCGUUAGGCGAGAAGCCCGUCAUCACGAGGUUAGCCGAGACACGCCGACGCCUUCGCACGUAAAUGUGGGACGGCGUCCAGUGAGGGCGCGUCCGCUGGUCUCUUCUGGUGUUUUGUGUUCCGCGUGGGCUCAGGUCAUGUUGCUUAGCGCUAUAGCAAGUCGCGGACCAACAUCGGACCUUGAAGAUGACGACGAUCCGUGCGGGGUCGCCGGAUUUGGCUAUGCCGAGCUUGGCCUGACGUAAUUAACUUGCGCGAUCGAUUGCCCCUCUCGAGCUUUCACCCCCGUUGACCAUGCCAGCAAUUGCCAGAACGAGCGCACUCUCAGCGAAGGAUCCUCAGCCAGUCCUCGAUGAUAUAAACGAACAAUUCCAACUUGGCCCCGAUACCCUGGUCGAGCUGACGGAAGCUUUUCUCCAUGAAUUUAAGCUCGGGCUCGGCCAGUACAACGAACCUAUGGCUAUGAUCCCGACGUUCGUGACUGGAGUGCCUGACGGCUCGGAAACUGGAACUUUUCUGGCAUUGGACCUCGGCGGUACAAAUCUGCAAGUGCGCGUUUGCGAAGUGACUCUACACGGGGACACCACCUUCACGCUGAGACAGCAGAAAUACAAGGUUUCCGACGCCCUCAAGACGGGGGAGGCCAGCACUCUCUUCGAUUAUCUGGCCGAUUCGGUCGACGCAUUCCUGACAUCUCAUCCUCCCAGCGAUCACGAUCAACAGCAUAACUACGGUUUCGGUUUCGCAGAACCUACACCAGACGUGGUUCACCUCGGCUUGACGUUCUCGUUCCCAGUAGAGCAGACUGCAUUGGAUUCCGGCAAGAUCCUCACCUGGACUAAAGGCUUCUCGGCGAAGCAUGCUAUCGGGAACGAUGUCGUCAAGCUUCUGCAGGAUGCCUUCGACCGGAAGCACAUGCACGUCAAGUGUGUUGCGCUGGUUAACGAUACGGUCGGCGCAUUGCUUUCGAGAGCAUACACCGCCGGAGGAUGCAUACUAGGUGCCAUUUUUGGUACCGGUACGAACGGUGCCUAUGUGGAGGAAGUCGCGAACAUCAAGAAAUUGGCCAACGAACCUGCCGCUUCAAACGGAGGAUUGAUGGUGGUGAACACUGAAUGGGGCGCUUUCAACAACACGCGUUCACACCUUCCUUCGACACCGUACGAUAACGUAUUGGAUCGGACGAGCAUAAAUCCCCGGUUCCAGGCGUUCGAGAAGAUGAUCUCCGGGAUGUACUUGGGCGAGAUCACCCGGCAUGUGCUUCUUUCGCUGGUGGACGCGUCUCCCAAGUCGUUACUUUUCAACGGCAAAGCAACCUCGUCGAUGAAUGCGCAGUGGGGCUUUGACACCAGUGUUAUGAGCGGCGUCGCCGAAGCCUGGGAAGGCAAGGAUUCCUCGCCACAGUCUCGCGAGAAUCCUGUCCCCAAGCUUUCCGACUACGAGAAACCGGAGAGUCUUGACCCCACUAUCAAGGCAAGGCUAGAGCGAGUGCAGGCAGUUCUAGUGAAAGAACUGGGCUACAAAAACGGCGAGGUGUCAUUGCGAGAUGCUGCGGUGCAUCGUCCGAUGGGCAUGCUCUGUGGUAGCAAGACGAGCAGCUUUAUUGAGCGGGUCGCAGUUGCGACCGUCAUGAUUCAGACCGGACGAGCUGUGCUGCCCGGUCAGGAUGGCAAACCCACGAAAGUGGGUGAGCCCAAAAUCGGGGUUGGUGUCGACGGAAGUUUGAUCCAGUUCUAUCCUCAUUUCGAAGUCAUUCUGCGUGAAUCACUCAGAACGCUCGUGGGGAAAGAUGUCGAAAGCCGUGUCGAGAUCGGAUUGGCGAAGGACGGAAGCGGUGUGGGCGCGGCUCUUUGCGCUUUACAGGCGAUCAAGCAGUUGUAAAUCCAAUGAUAUAUCGUUGUAAUCAAGUAGACCAAAAUGUAGAAGUUCUGUAAAGCCAAUGGCUUGAGGCAGCCACUUGUGGAAUGAUGCAUUUGCCAGGCAGCACCAUUCAAUUCAAUUAGUCUGUGGUAUUCAUACAAAUCUAUGAUUCAAAUGAGUGGGGGGAGGGUGAGCUCGAGUUUCACUUCAUGCAGUCGUUGCCCGGAUCUUCUCGUAUGCCUCACCCACGCGCUCCCAGUUCAGCACAGACCAAAACUCCCGCAGCCAUUCCUCCUUGCCCCAGACGCCGUAUCCAGCGGAAAGCCACGCGUGCUCGUGCACAGAAACGCAAAAGAGCGGGUACAGCGUUUUGCCGGUGUGGAUGGCAUCCGUGGUAGUCAAUGGUUUUGACCUGACAGAGUCCGCGUCGUGUAUGCCCGCUGGCUGUGCGUUUGCCGCACUGAAUGCUGACAGCCGACGCGCACUCGUAUGCAUGAACAUCCUCUGCAAAGGCGUAGCACUGCCGAGACCAGAAGCCGGGCCCGAACUGGCCGAGCCUGUGUGAGUAGGUGGCGGCGCGGUCAUGCCACUCGACAGAGGAGGGGGCUGGUUCAGGUACUUGUCCGUGUACUCGUGCGAUGGGUCCCAUUCGUCAGGGUUGGAGGAAAGCUCGGGGAUGUGGGGAUGGAUGUUCGUUGCCAUGUAGGUUCGAGAACGAACGAGCAAGGUCCCCGGACCCAACGUCGGAAGCACGGCUGUUCCACCAUUUUGGUCCGACACGAACCAUAUCCAUCCCGAGGUGGAAAGGCCCAUAGCGGCGGCUGAGAAGUUCACCCAUGCGAUUCUCGUCAGCGAGCUCAGGAUUAGGUGU